GGCAACCCAAUUAGGUGAAUGAAGGAAUUUUUAAGAAAUAGAAAGAAGUCGCUAAUUUAUGCGAGACAGCGUCUUUAUUUUGAGAUUCAAUUGCUUAACUUUUUGUGAUAGUUUCGAAAUAAUACGCGGUGCCCUUGUACAACAAUCUAAGUUGGUCUGCAGGGGCCAAAUUUGAAAAUAAUUAGUGUAACCAAGUGAUCGUAGUUAAAUAAAAUUCGGAAAUGGGUGAUCAACAAUUCUUCCUCAAAUGGAAUGACUUCCAGACAAAUAUGGUGACAUCUUUUAGGCAUUUGAGGGAUGAGAAAAGCUUCACAGACGUGACGCUAGCAUGUGAGGGCCAAACGUGUAAGGCCCAUAAAAUGGUCCUGUCUGCAUGUAGUCCCUACUUCAAAAGCUUAUUAGAGGAAAAUCCAUCAAAGCACCCUAUAAUAAUCCUGAAGGACGUGUCGUACCUGCACCUGCAAGCUAUCCUCGAGUUCAUGUACGCGGGCGAGGUGAACGUGUCUCAGGAACAGCUGCCCGCAUUCCUCAAGACGGCCGCAAGGCUUAAGGUGAAGGGCCUAGCCGAGCCCCCACCGCAGAUGCCCAGCAUCAAGAGAGAAGGCUAGCCGUCAGUGCCAGUGCAAAGACUAUAGUGAACAUAUGUAUGAGCUACACCGUGAAACAUUACUCACCAUAGAUGUAUGCAUUCUGUCUCAAUACCAACAAUUUACACCAUGCCCAAUCUAUCAUGGGGAAUCUAAAGUUUAGUGAAUAGCUGUUUCUGAAAAAAAAUUACUACAGUCAUAUGGCUAAUUUGGAAGCGAGAUUCUACCGGUAUGUACCACACAAAUGUUUCUUUUAAUCUACUUGCAUUAGCAACAUUUCAAUGUUUCUAAAAUGUCCAUGAAAUUGUAAACUAUACGCGCGAUUUUGGUGCAAUCUUACUUUUAGAUUCCUCAAGAUUUAUUGUACCAACUAUACCUAUUGUUCCACAUUAAAAAUAGACAUCAAUUCUAUGGAAUUGUGGUGUGUCUUAAAUUCCAUUCCAUAGUACGGCUUUUAUGUUGGUUAUUCACAUACACAUUGUUUUGUAUUGAAAUAUUUGCAGACAAAACUGACAAGUGCUCUGAAAAGCACAGAAAGUUUGAGUCAGUUCUCAAUUACAGUUUAAUUCAUAUAAAAGCGAAAAUCAAUUCUUCUGUGUAAUAUAUUAUGACUUGUUGGCCAGUAUCUCUAGAAUUAAAAAAUCUCUGCCUUUGUCGCUUAAAAAUUACAUCAAAAAGUUUAUAAUUCAAGUAUUUUCAUUCAAAGUUUGAGAGAUGUGCCUUAAACAGUUAUCAGUCUGUGCCUUUUUGUCUUCAAUUUAAAUAAAACUGCUAUUUCUAUACAGCAAUGUGAAUGUGAAUAUAAAAAUCUUGAGACAGAAUGAAUAACAUCUAUAUAUUUCAGUUUGAAUAACAAAAUAUCCCAUAACUACUUUAUUUUCAAGUGCCAGUGUUGUCACAAAAAAAAGUAUCAGGAAAAUACCAUUUUAGUAAUAAUUCUGAAUGACGAAAUUCUCAAAAUUGCCUCAUUUGGCUGGUAUAAGCCAGCGUUGAGACAACGCUUGACUCAUAUAAGAUAGGUUUAUCAUAGUAGUAAUAAAAGGGCGUUGUUCAAACGUUGGUAAUUGUCACCGAAUGUUUUAGAUUCGACACCAACAAUUUGUACCACCAUUUUUUUUUCCCAGCUGACAACAUUGGUCAUAACAAUCAAUUCAACCUCCUUUUCUCUUUUAAAAAAGGAAUGUGUUACGCAUUGCUUUUUAAUCACACUGAAUCUGGCAGAGGCCAGGAUCUCAUCUGAUUUGGGUGUUUUUUUUUUUUAUUUGUUUAUGGUAUAAGUAUGAAAGAGUCCGGUAAUAGUGUUCGCAACAAUGUGUUUCAUAGAUCAUGUCUUUAAAUUAGUGCUUUGGCAAAUCGUGUUUCGUUUUCGCUCACAAGCACUUUUAACACGCAAAAUAAAAAUAUACUUACUUUAAAAAAAUAUAUAUAUCAGUCUCGAAUUUGUAGAACUAAUUUUCACGAUUUUAUACUUUAAGUACCACGAAAUAAGGUUGAAUACGACUUGCCACUGCACUCUACAUAGUGCCCACACAUUGGUACGUCCGUGUCGACAUAAUUCUUGGCUCCGCUCCUGCCUUGCUCCGUGAGUUACCUAACGACCAAAGUAAAUUAGUAUAUAAUAACACCACAACCCUUCAUUUAACGUCCAACGGGGGAUGGGAAUGUGCUCUCAAAGGUAGAAAUAAAAACGAUUCGUUUCAAUAAACUUAAUGACCAAAUUAGCCUAACUAAUACUAUGUUCCAAUUUUCAAAAACCUGCUUUAACGGUUUCUAGCUUACUCCCGCGAUCCGAGGAAACUAUUUUCUAUACGCGGGUGGGGAUAAAAAGUAUCGCAUGUCCGUCUCGUGGAUAAGCUACAAGUCAAAUCGGUUAAGCCGUUUUUGAGUUUUGAUGUAACUAACAAUCCUUUCUUUUAUAUACCUUUUCCUACGUAUACACAUAUAAUUCUGUAUCAUCAUCAUCUCAGCCAUAGGACGUCCACUGCUGAACAUAGGACUCCCCCUUAGAUCUCCACAGACACCUGUUGGAAGCGACCUGCAUCCAGCGUCGUCCGGCGACCCUUAUAAGGUCGUCUGUCGUCUAAUUCUGUAUGUGUCUUAGUAAUUAUUUUUAUGCCUAUCUCCGACCUACAAAAUUAAAACCUUUUGUAACCUGAGCGCAUUUCCAUAGCUUCCCGUUAGAUGAUCAUGAACCAAGAAUGAGACCACGCGGCCGUACCAAUGCCUUAGACUAUCCACUCCACCAACGGUUGCCUUACAGUUGAAUAGUGACUGCAAUACAGGGUGUUCUGUCGACGUCAUGCUAAAAAACAACAGUAAAAUUUUAUAGGACAGGUUUUCUGUGUCAGAAAUAUCAAUCUUACCUUGACAAGUUGUAAGUUUUUCAAGGGAACUAAUUCCCAAAAUUAGUAUGUGUUAUUCUGGUAAAUAGGCUUCGUACUGCCUUCAAUAUCUAUCCAGUUAUUGACUGCAAAAGAAACAAACAUCUAUGCAUACACAAUUUUGCGUUCAUAAUAUUAUUAGGAAGUAGGAUUAUCCAAAACCGACUACAAUUAUGUAACAAAACGACUUAUCCAAUUAACAAAAAGAUUCCGACGAAUUGAUAAUCUCUCUACCUUUUUUGAAGUCGGUCAAACAUCAGAGUGGUUAGAAGUUUGGAAGUUGAUAGACACCCUGUAUUGCUAUAUGUAUGUGUAACGACAAUGCUUCUAGAUAUUUAGGUGUUUGUUGAUUUCAUGUAUAAAAUACACCAUAAUUAUGAUCUUGUCUGAGUUUGUUAUGUCGGGUUCAAGUAAAUUAGAUAUAUAUUCUGACCGCUUUUUGGUACAGUUUACAAAUGUUGUCGGUCCUUACAAACAACGGCAUUUUCCCUUGAAAACUUUCAACUGUCAACUGCACAUAAAUUCUGUGCCCAUUAAAAUAUUUGACCAUGCAAUUUUCAAUACAUGGUCUCAAAAUUCUCACAAGAUUUUUUUUUUUUUUCAGUGUCGUAGACAUAAUAUUGUCUACACGAUAUGACUUCCCUAACCCUGACAUAACGCGACUCAUUUUAAAUAUUUUUUUUAUAAUACAUUCGUAAAAGUACUUUCCAAUUUUUUUUUUUUUUAUAAAUAUGAUUGAUCCCUACUUAUAAUGUAUGUGUGAUGUAUUUCAGUAAAUUGGAAAUUAUGUAUGAUUUUUUUUUUAAUGUAAAUGCAAUCCAUUGUUUGUCUAGUACAAAAAAUGAUUGAUAUCUGUAAAUUAUGACAAAAAAAAACAAUUUGACAUUAAAAUAAAGAUGGCUGACUGACGUUAAAGGCAACGUUUGAUUAUAAAUUUGAUAAUGUUUCGAUAAACGUAUUAAGUUUUUCAGAAACUCUUUUUAUAUUGUAAACAAACUUAAUAUGGAUUUCUUUCACGUUUCUUAGAUGAAAUAGGUGCAAUUAUUAUUUUUGCGGUUUUCUUAGAAAUAUUGUUGAUACAAUGUGACCGUAAUAAAAAAUAAAGCCAGCAUGCCAGCAUAUAAACAUUAUAAAAAGAAAUAAUUAUAGAGAACGCCGACAAAUCGGCAAUAUUUCUAUGAAAACCGUAUCAAUACUUAGUAUAAGUCAAGUUUCUUUUAUUACGAAUUCAGCACAGUUUUUAAGUUCGGUUAUUUUUUUAUGGUUAUAAUACUGACUUGGUUUACCCAUCGUUUUUGAAGUGCGACAGCAGUAAUAUUUCUCUUCUAAAAUUAGUUUUAUUUAUUACCUACUGCCGCAAAAAAAAUGACUGCAUAAAUGUAUCCAUUAUAUUCAGUCAGAAAUAAUUUCUAUACUGCCUAUAGUUACUAUUUCUACCCCCCCCCCCCCCCACCUUGCCUGAAGAUAACCUGAAUAUUAAUCGUUAGCGAAUGUUGUAAAAAUGUAAAUCUGAUAUUUUUAGACGACAAAGUAAAUGGUAUGUGCUGAAUAAUCACGUGGUAACUAGUUGUAAUGAUUGAAAUUAUGAAAGAUUUGUAAUUUUAGAUAAUACAGAUUAAUUAAAAUA